AUGACCAUACCUUCUGAGCAAGCUAACCACGCCUUGAACAUUACCUUGGCCGCCCUGCAAUCGCUCAUGAAGCGUUGCAUCAAGGUAAAGGAGGGCGAUCCCGAGGCCUUAAGGUUAUCUGAUGAGAUCGCCCGGCGCGUGGCCAAGGACUUGAAGAUGUAUGGCGGGAACGCCACAUCAUUCUCACCGCAGCUGCUUUCUUUCGCUGCUGUUGUGAGAGAGAACUCAAAGGGCGGCGCCUUCGAGAGUGUCCCCGACUGGACCUCCGUUACGGACGACGACCCGCGCAUCAAGAGCCACCCGCGCUUUGAUAAGACCGUGGAUUAUCUUCCACCUUCCUCACUCGAUGAUCUUGUCAUCGCCGCCACAUCAACCGCCAAUCCCCCUACCAUCCCCACAACGGCAACCGCCGCCAUCCCGCCAUCUACCUUGGCCUCGCCAUCCAAACCAUCCCUCACGGAGUCCGAUAUCCUGGCUGGGCCGGAACCGGAAGAGAAAGGAUCAUCGGACCUUGGGAAGGAAAAGGCCGAGGACCCACCCAUUCCUAUUAACACUCCCGCCACUCCGCCGACAAAAUACAACCUCUUCGUGGCCGGUACCAAGAAGAGAAAGGCUGCAGAAGAAGACACGGACGCUGUCGUCGCUGUCGCCAAGACCAAGUUGCCUUCCCCGUCUGAAGAGCCGGUCAAGAAAAGGAAGAUCACAUCAAAAACCAUUUCCAAGACGGAAUUGGGUUCAGAUGAAGAUAUCGCUACACCAUGGAAGGUUGCAAGCGAAGGCAGCAACAGCAUCCUCCUCCCCGCUCCAACACCACAGGCUUCGAAAUCCCAAGCUGUCUCUAAAGCACCCGUGAAGCGUGCUUCUCCUCGCAUCGACUUUCUAAGUAGUGGAACUAUGCUAAUAAAGGAAAUGGAAAUAUACGCACUAGGGAGCUUGGUGGACAGUGGAUGGAUGCAUCUGGAUGGCUGGCGCUAUAGGGCGUGCAAGCGCGGGAACGCGCGCGCGCGUAUACAUCGUGAAGUGCGGGAAUGUGUAAAGCUACCAUAUCACGCCAUGAGAGGCAUGAUUCUCUACACCGUGAAGCGUGCUUCUCGCUUGCAACGGCGCAUUGUUCAACAGAAAGCUUCUCUGGAAGAAGAGAUAAAGCUUGCGCCCACCAACCUGGUGGAACCAGAGCCCACUGCAAGAGAAAUCUUACAGGGCAUCCAGGACCUCGGCAGGAGAUUAGAUCUCCUCGCCGCCACUGAGCGGGUGGACGCAUUGGAGGUCAGAGUGGAUUCGAUGGAGACGAACCUCCUCAAGAGGUUGGACGGAUUAGAGCAACGUCUCAAUGAAUCCGAUGCCCGGUGGAAAUCUUUAUCCUAA